UAUACUUUUGACAAAUAUACCCCUCAAUCAGCAGCCUAUUCCUCUCUUCUUCGUCUCUCUCUGCCCUCGCUCGCCCUUCUCGUUUUUUAACCUGAAAGGCGAGGGCGAAGAAGUAAAGCUCUCUUUUUCUCACUCUCUGCAUCCCCUUGCAUCAAAUUUCGCGCCAAGGCCCUCUCAAUUUUAGAUCUUUUCAGCUGAAUAAGGAGUGUUGUUGGUACUUUAAGUCAACAAAUUGUUAUUGGUUAACCAUGGUAAUGGUUGGGAGUACGAGUGAGGAUUAUGUGCCAGUGGGUGGUUCUUCACCUGUGGAUGUGUUGUCAAGCAUCCAACAUUGUCAGUCCGUGGAAUCUCUGGGAGAAUGGCGGUCCUGUGAACAAGUUGAGAAUGGGACUCCUUCUACUUCACCUCCUUAUUGGGACUCAGAUGAUGACGAUGACUCGGGACCAAAGCCUGCUGAUUUAUUUGGAAAGUUUACUUGGAAUAUUGAACAUUUUUCGCAGAUCAGUAAACGAGAACUGCGAAGUAAUGUAUUUGAAAUUGGUGGCUACAAAUGGUAUAUCUUAAUUUAUCCACAUGGUUGUGAUGCAUGUAACCAUCUCUCUCUGUUUCUUUGUGUUGCAAAUCAUGACAAGCUUCUCCCAGGCUGGAGUCAUUUUGCGCUUUUUACAAUAGCUGUAGUGAACAAGGAUCCUAAGAAAAAUAAAUACAAUGAUACAUUGCAUCGGUUCUGGAAGAAAGAACACGACUGGGGUUGGAAAAAGUUUAUGGAGCUAAAUAAAAUCGCGGAUGGCUUUGUUGACGAUGAUACUCUUACAAUCAAGGCUCAAGUUCAGGUUAUCAGGGAGAAAGCACACCGCCCGUUCCGUUGCCUUGAUCAUCAGUACCGAAGAGAGCUCAUUCGAAUAUAUAUGACUGCUGUUGAACAAACUUGUGCACGGUUUGUUGAUGACAGGAGGCGGAAGCUUCAGACUUUGAUUGGUGAUAAAACAAAGUGGUCAAGUUUUCAUGCUUUUUGGUUUGGUAUUGAUCAAGAUACCAGGCGGCACAUGUCUAAGGAUAAAACAGAUGCUAUUUUGAAAGUAGUUGUCAAACACUUCUUCAUAGAGAAGGAGGUCGCCUCUACACUUGUAAUGGAUUCUCUUUAUAGUGGUCUAAGAGCUCUUGAGAGCCAGAGCAAGCUAAACAAAUUGAGAACCAAGAUAGUGGAGGAGGACUUACCAUCUCCUAUCAUUUAUAUUGAGGAUGACAUGUUCGUUUUGGCUGAUGAUGUAUUCCUUUUGCUUGAGAAAGCUGCAUUGGAGUCACCUCAUCUGCCAUUGCCUUUAAAGGAAGAAAAGGGCUUACAUACCCGUUCAAAAGUAUGUUCUAGAACUAUUUAAUUACAGAAUAAUGUU